UAGCCCAAAUGGGAAAGUUCUCUUCCAUAAUGGAGAUCUUAUGUAGGACCAAGAUAUUCCAGCUUUGAAGUUGCCUUUUAAUUCUUCUGAGGUACACAGUAAGGGAGGCAUUGUAGAUAGGUCUCAGGCAUUUGAGAGACUCUGUGCAUACAAUGCAGGGGAAGGUUCCUUCUACCAAAUGGUAAACCACAGUGGGUGUCAGAGAACAUUCAUAGUGGAGAAACUGUGAAUCUACUCUAUAGAUUCUGUAUCUCUAGACAGGAAAAGUCUCUAGAAAUUGGGUUCUCAGCAAGUGUGCCUUAGACAUUACUGAAUUUGGAAAUUCCUCCCCAGGAAUGGAGAACUCACAAAACACUAGCAUACUCAAGCCAGAGAGAAAAUCCAUAAAUGCAACGAAUGUGGAAAGUCCUUCUGCCAGAAGUCUAUCCUCCUAAUACAUCAGCAUAUUCAUUCGAAGGACAAACCAGGGAAUACAGGGAAUCUGGCUCUAGAAAUGGAGACCGCACAGUACAACAGAAAACUCCCACCAGAGAGGAAACCUAUGAAUGUAAAGAGUGUAAAAAAACUUUCUAUCACCUGUCAUCUCUUAGUAGACAUUUGAGGACUCAUGCAGGGGAGAAACCCUACGAAUGUAAUCAGUGUGAGAAAUCCUUCUGCCAGAAGCCACACCUUGUAGAACAUCAGAAAACACACACAGGAGAGAAACCCUUGGAGUGUGAUGAAUGUGGGAAGUUCUUCUAUGUUAAGGCAUACCUCAUGGUACAUCAGAAAACACACACAGGGGAGAAACUGUAUGAAUGUAAGGAAUGUAGGAAAUCCUUUUCCCAGAAAUCACACCUCACAGUACAUCAGAGAACACAUACGGGGGAGAAACCUUACAAAUGUAAGGAAUGUGGGAAACUCUUCUCUAGAAAUUCACACCUCAAAACUCAUCAGAGAACUCACACAGGAGAGAAACCCUAUGGAUGUAAGGAAUGUGGGAAAUGCUUCUACCAGAAGUCAGCCCUCACAGUACAUCAGCGAACUCACACGGGGAAACCCUUUGAAUGUAAUAAAUGUGGAAAAAACUGUUACUAUAAAUCAGACCUCAAGAAACAUCAGAGAAAACACACAGGGGAGAAGCCCUACGAAUGUCAUGAAUGUGGUAAAUCUUUCUCCGUGAAUUCAGUCCUCAGAUUACAUCAAAGGAUGCACACAGGAGAGAAACCCUAUGAAUGUAAGGAAUGUGGGAAAUCCUUCUCUCAGAAGUCACAUUUUAUCAUACAUGAGAGAAAACACACAGGGGAGAAACCCUAUGAGUGUCAGGAGUGUAGGAAAACUUUUAUUCAGAAAUCAAAACUUACCACACAUCAGAAGACACACACAGAAGGAAACAGCUGAAAAAUACUAUGUAUUGGGAACUUCUUUUGGAAUUCAUCCUUUAGAAUAAUUGGAUAAUUCACACAAGACAAAAAACUUAGGAAUAUUAUCUAUCUCAGAAAAUUUUGGUCACAGUCUGCCUUGACAGAAAACAAAAGACACAGAAAUUCUUUAAAUCUAUAAGGGAGAGAUUUUGACAGCAUGUCAGACUUAACUAAGUACCAGACAACCGACAAAUUAUAAAAUCUGAGGGAGACCAUUCGUUCAGAAGUCCUAGUAGAUUGCACAACACAGAAAUCACAUGAGAGAAAUCCUAUAAAAACAAAUGAGUAUCAGGAAGUUUUCUGACAAGGCAGCCAUCGGUAGAUGCCAAAGCUCACCUGAGAUGCUCCUAUCAGUCCCCUUCCUGAGCAUUCCGAAACCGCUGACACCAGGUGCACUUGGAGCACUCAGAGGCGUAACUGCAUAGACCGCCUGUAUCGAGAAGUGCUGCUUCCGUGAACUGCAGAUCCACGAUGCCAGGCUAGAACCUUUGCAAGCAUUCCAGAUAUGUGCAAGUUUCUUGACAAAAAUUCAAGGAGAAUCUGUACUGAGUGGGGUUAACAGAUACGCCAGAAGUCAUGUUGCAGCAAUUAGAUUCUGAGGGGUUUUCUUUGCUUUUUGAGUUUUCUUUGUUUUGUUUUUUUUUUUUUUUAAAGAAACCUACCAAUGUCCAGACAUUUUAAGCUUUUUUGUUUUUUAAAGAUUUUAUUUAUUUAACAGACAGAGAUCACAAGUAGGUGGAGAGGCAGACAGAGAGGAGGAAGCAGGUUUCCCACUGAGCAGAGAGCCCCAUGUAUGGCUCGAUCCCAGGACCCUGGGACCAUGACCUGAGCCGAAGGCAGAGGCUUUAACCCACUGAGCCACCCAGGCGUCCCCAUUUUAAGCUUUUUAAAAAGGACAAACACAUUGAAAAAACCAGGUGACAUCCUUGCACACAUAUGAAGAAUCCUUUAGUAUGUAGAACUAAUGUGAGUCAGCGCACUGCAAGACAGGCUGUGGAUGUUUAUGUGCACGUGGAUCCAUCCGUAUUUGUACAUAAGGAAAUAUGUAGCUUUGGUUCAGUAGUUUUCACGAAUGUGAACAUACUUCACAUUAUGUCUGGGCAGUGACUCCUCCUGUUACUCUAAUGUGUAUUUUAAGUGUAAUGUUCUUUUAAAAUUGUAACGUUUCUUUUUCUCCUAUUUUUUUGUAUUUUUUAAUGAAUAUAGACGUUACUGAACCAAUUGUUAAGAAAGGUCAGUGAAUUUUACAUUAGGGGCACAUUUAUUCAUAAGAAAAGACAAAUUAUUUUUAAAAACAGCUAAAAACAAUGCUAUGUAAAGUAGUAGUAUCUAUCUUACUGUUGAUAUUUUAGCGGGGUGCAGAGCUAUCUGCAUUAGAAUUUUGUAUGUUUUAAGAAUGUUCUUCACUGCCUUUUUCUUCAGAGUAGAAGCAACAUUGUAGUGGUUAAGAGUGGGAACUCCAAACUCUUUUGGCCACAGCUCAAAUUCCAGCAUGGGGCAUGCCACUUAACCUCUCUGUGCCUCUGUUUCCUUUUCUAUAAAAGAGAAGUGAUAAUGAUGGGAUUGCUUUGAGGUAUAAAUGAGUUAAUAUUUUUAGAGCACUUAGAAUAGUGUCUGAGACACAAGAAAAGCACAUGUUAGAUAUUAUUAUCAUUAUAAUUUGUAUUUCUUCAAUAAUGUUGGAGAAAAAAAAGUUUGCUACCAGCAUUCACCACUCACAUUAUUGCUGUAGUGCCUUGGUUUGGCUUGGUUGUGCCUUUUCCCACAAGUGACUCAGAUAUUCAGAUGGGACCCAAAACCUGUUUCUGUAGCCUACAAGCCAAGAGUGGUUUUGCAUUUCUAAGUGGUGGAAGCAAAUAAAGAAUAUUUUGUGACAUGUGAAAUUAUAUUCAAAUUUCAGUGUCCAUAAAUAAAGUUUUAGAACACUAUUAGAACACUAAUAAAUAUCAUUUGUCUCUUUUUUUUU